AAGUAGUCAUCAUCACACAAGAAACAUUUUGCCAGCCGCGGCCUUCUGGACCCGAUUACGCACGCGCGAUAUCGAUCACGCCGACUGCCUAUAAAAGCCGACAGCGCCAGCCGCCUCACUAACGUGACUACAACACGGGAAAGAUGUGGAAGCUUGCUCUAAUCUCGCUGGCAGUUGUGCUCAGCACUGUGCAAGGUCAUAAUCUGGGGGUCCAAUCAUGGAAUCGAAUGCUGGCAGAAAUUAUGCAAACUGCUAAAAGUGGUACUUGUGAAGCAGGUGCAUGCUUUGUGAGGACUGAAGAUAAUGGGAUUAUCGGAUUGAAAACUGGUGAUGACUACAUUGAAGGGUGCACCGUCUACAGAUGCACGCAAGCACGGGUAGAGGUAAUAACCAUAAAUUGCCCUGAAAACAUAGUUUGUGCAGAUAAUCAAAAGACGAUCAUGUACCCAGGGGGUUGCUGCGUACAAUGCGAGGCACAAAAGACUGACAUUGGUGUAUUUACCGAGUGGGAAGAAUGGACACAAUGCACGGCCACGUGUGGGGGAGGACGGAGAGCUCGGAAGAGAGAGUGCAUAAUUGACGUCAGUGCAGGCAGCGUUGAAUGUACUGGCACCUUACUUGAGGCGCAAGACUGCAACACCCAAAAAUGCCCAGUUCCAUGUAGGUGGGAGUAUGGGGAAUAUGAAGAGUGCAGUGCAACGUGUGGAGAUGGAAUAAAGCUACGAUUCCCAAAAAUCCUACAGCCUCCACAAAACGGAGGUGAACCCUGCCCACCAUUUGUUGAAGCUGGAGUCUCCGAUGAAGCCCCUUGCAACGUUAUCCCAUGCGGAGUUCCCUGUCAAUGGGAAUGGGGAGAAUAUGGUGAAUGCAGUAAGAGCUGUGGUGGGGGUAUUCAUACCCGCUACCCACUAAUAAUUACGCCAGCACAGCAUGGAGGAUUUUGCCCACAAAAUGUAGUGGACAGAGAGCCUGAUACUGCUGAAUGCAACACAAACCCUUGUCCUGUUCCAUGUCAAUGGAGGUAUGAAGAGUUUGGGGCGUGCACAAAAACAUGUGGCGGUGGAACUAAGACUCGAUUCCCUGUCAUCAGAACACCAGCACAGCAUGGGGGUGACUGUCCUCAACACGUUACCAACCGAGUGCCCGAUAUUGAGACGUGCAACACACAACCUUGCCCAAUUCCAUGCGAUUGGGAAUGGGGGGAGUAUGGUGAUUGUACUGUAACAUGCGGUGGUGGAACUCAGACCAGAGUUCCCAGGAUUAUAACACCAGCACAACAUGGUGGUCACUGUCCACAACAUGUGAUCGAUGGGGUUCCAGAAACAACAACCUGCAACACUGCCACCUGCCCACCUACUUGCCCUAAUCCGGGCGAGAAUAACUGCCUGAUCAAUGGAGUAUACAAAUGUAUACAUGAUCCAGACAAGGAUUGCAUUGAAGGGGACAACUGCGAGUUGGUCUACAAUCCAGAUCAGAAAGAUAUGGACAGGGAUGGUGUAGGAGAUGCGUGUGACAACUGCAAAUUCUAUUCUAACCCAAACCAGGAGAAUUCAGAUGAUGACGAAACUGGUAAUGAAUGUGAUGCGGAUGAUGACAAUGAUGGAGUAGUUGACCAAAACGACAACUGUCAGACUGUGUCUAACAUGAACCAGGUGAACAGUGAUAGAGAUAACUUUGGGGAUGCUUGUGACAACUGCCCUCGAACGGUCAACAACAACCAAGCAGACGUAGACAAGGACGGUGUUGGAAACGCCUGCGACAAUUGCCGCUUCUACAAAAAUCCAGAGCAGAAUCCAUCUGAUCCUGUCACGCAUGGGGCAAGAUGUACCACGAGACCUCAAAGACCUAUCGGAAUGGAGGAAUACGAAGAUGAAGAUGACAACAUGAAAAGUCUGGCAGCUGACAUCCUGGAAAAGCUGAUGCAAUUUGUACUGGAGUGAGUGAGCUUCUUCGCUCACGAGAGGACUUCAGUAUUAUAGUAGAAAACACAUUAGCCUUGUUAAAUAGAAGUAUAUACCUCGUUUGUUAGCUACAGAGGAACUAUUGUCAUGAGUGUUGGUAAUUAUUAGCAUGCAUACACAGUAAAGUCAUGUC